AUGUUGCAUCGUAUCUGCCAAGCUGGUUUGAAAAAGCAGCUUAUGGUUGAUCGUAGAUUUGUUCGAUAUGCUAGUGCGAUAAUUUCGAACAAUGAUAGAUCAGCAUUGGUUCAGAAAAACCAUACAUCUAAUCGUCUUUGUGUGGUUUCCGCUAUUAAUGUUCCGGUACGUUAUAGAAGAUUUGACAAUAAAAAAGAAGAUGAUAAUCCAGAAGAAGUGGAAGAAUCUCAAACUGUAAGAGCUGUUUAUGACAUCAAGUCCAACCCUGAUACUUCAAUUGCAACCAUUCAAGUGCCAGAUGAAAUACCUUUCCUACCGUUAGUCACAAUAGCAAAACCACCUUUAUAUCCUAGAUUGUUUAGAAUUGUUGAGAUCAGUGAUCCUAGAUUGAUUGCAUUGAUCAAAAGAAAAAAAGCUUUAAAUCAACCUUUCAUUGGUCUUUUCAUGAGAAAAAACAUUGAUACAGUUCCAGACAAUAUUGUUACAAAUAUUGAUGAAGUAUAUAGUGUUGGGUCACUUGGUAGAAUAAAUGAAAUGCGAGAAUUUGGAAAUAAAUUACAUAUGCUCAUACAAUGUUUUAGGCGUAUAAAGCUGACCAAGCCACUUUUUGAAGACCAAGAUAUAGAUAAAAUUACAAAUGAUUUAACCAAGCGUAAUAAAAAACAAUCUCGUAAUAAGGGAUCUUCAAGCACACCUGAAAUAGAGCCAAUUACUGAAACAGAAAAAUUUCAGGAACAAGUGCUUAUGAUUGAAGUAGAAAAUCUAAAAGAUGAACCUUAUGAUAAAACAAUGGAGAUUAAAGCAUUAUCUCAAGAAAUAAUCAAAACUAUUCAAUCAAUUAUUAGCAUAAAUCCAAUAUAUAAAGAAAUAUUACAUCCAAUGUUGCAACAUGGAAAUGUAUCAGAUGAUCCUUCAUAUUUAUCUGACAUUGCAGCUGCUAUAGCUGAUUGUGAGACUCACGAAUAUCAAGAAAUUUUAGAAGAAAUUAAUGUUCCCAAACGUCUUUUACUUGCACUUGGUUGUGUAAAAAAACUUUUAGAACUUAGCGAAAUUCAAAUAAAAAUCAGUAAAGAAGUCGAUGAAAAGGUUAAACAACAGCAUCGUAAAUUCAUUCUUCAAGAACAACUCAAAGUAAUAAAAAAAGAGCUUGGCCUUGAGAAAGAUGAUAAAGAUUCAAUUGUGGAAAAGUUUAGAGACAGAAUAAAAGACAAACAAGUACCAAUUAAAGUUAUGGAGGUUAUUGAAGAGGAAUUAACUAAACUAUCAUUUCUGGAACAACAUUCAUCAGAAUUUAAUGUUACGAGAAAUUAUCUUGAUUGGUUAACACAAUUACCAUGGGGUACAACAAGUGAUGAAAAUUUUGAUUUAAAAAGGGCUACAACUAUUUUAGACGAAGAUCAUUAUGGAAUGGAAGAGGUAAAAAAACGAAUUCUAGAGUUCAUUGCAGUAAGCAAAUUAAAAGGUUCAACUCAUGGGAAAAUUCUUUGUUUCCAUGGACCACCAGGUGUUGGAAAAACAAGUAUAGCAAAGUCAAUUGCAAGAGCCUUAAAUCGAGAAUACUUUAGAUUUAGUGUUGGUGGUAUGACUGAUGUGGCUGAGAUAAAAGGCCAUCGUAGGACAUAUGUAGGUGCCAUGCCGGGUAAAAUGAUUCAAUGUCUGAAAAAAACUUCAACUGAAAAUCCAUUAGUAUUAAUUGAUGAAGUUGAUAAAAUUGGGAGGGGACAUCAGGGUGAUCCUUCAUCUGCACUAUUAGAAAUGCUUGAUCCCGAACAAAAUGCUAAUUUCCUAGACCAUUAUUUGGAUGUGUCAGUGGACUUAUCUAAGGUUCUAUUUAUUUGUACUGCUAAUGUUAUCAACACAAUUCCAGAACCACUUAGGGAUCGUAUGGAACUUAUAGACGUGUCUGGAUAUGUAGCAGAAGAAAAAAUGGCUAUUGCAAAACAAUACUUAAUUCCUCAAGGGCUUAAGUCUACUGGCCUAAAAAAAGAACAAAUAGAAAUUGCUGAUGAUAGUCUAUCUACUCUUAUUAAAUCAUAUUGUCGUGAAAGUGGUGUACGUAACCUUCAAAAACAUGUAGAAAAGAUGUUACGAAAAGUUGCAUUGAAAAUAGUUGAAGGCGAAUCAGAAAAAAUAAUUAUUAGCAGUGAUAAAUUAUAUGAUUUUGUUGGAAAUCCUAUAUUUACAAAAAAUCGAAUGUAUGAAGUGCCAAUACCUGGAGUUGUUAUGGGAUUGGCUUGGACUGCCAUGGGUGGUGCAUUGAUGUAUAUUGAAACUGAGUGGACAAAAGACCCGGCGACAAUUACAGACAAGGAUAAAGCUGUUGGAAACAUUAUAUUAACUGGUCGCUUAGGUGAAACUAUGCAAGAAUCAGCAAAAACUGCGUAUACUGUGGCAAAACGAUUUUUAAGUGAACUCGAUCCACAAAACCUAUCGCUGUUGACUGGAAACGUUCAUCUACAUGUUCCUGAGGGUGCUACACCUAAAGAUGGACCCAGUGCUGGAUGUACAAUUGUUACUGCUUUGUUAUCAUUGGCUUUAAACAUUCCUAUUCGCAACAAUGUCGCUAUGACUGGAGAGAUCUCUCUCAAAGGAAAAGUUAUGCCAGUAGGAGGUAUUAAAGAAAAAACAAUUGCUGCCAAAAGAGAAAAUGUUAAUUGUUUGAUACUGCCUGACGAAAAUAAAAAAGACUUUAAUGAACUUCCAAAGUUUAUAACUGAUGGGAUUGAAGUGCAUUUUGUUUCAUACUAUAAAGACAUUUUUAAAAUAGUCUUUGAAAACAAAUAA